AUGAAUUAUAUUCUUGCAGGAGACUUAGUAUGGCCUUAGGAUUUAAAAGGCAACAAGGUUAAGACUAUGAAAGAGAUAAAAGAUUAUGUUCAGUCUCCAGAAGGAGGUAACGGCAAGGCGGCUGUUUUUACUAUAUUCUAUUAACAAUCCUGCAGGCCGUGCUAUGAGGAGAUGCCAAUCUGGAACGCUGCUGUAGAUUAGAUUCAAAAGGAGUAUCCAGGUUAGGUCGCAUUCAUUAAGGUCGACACAAAGAGUCAAAAGGAUGUUUUAGGCCAUUACAAUGUGAGAUCCACUCCUAAGGUUUACUUCUGUGGUGUUGCUGCAUCUGAUGAGGGAAUAAACGCUUUCAAUCUAAGGAGAACUUAUGAGAAUCAUUUAAGCUGGAUGAGGGAAUAAGUUGAGAAAUAUGUGAUUAAGCCUGAAGCUGAAUUGGUUACGGCGAGAACUAAACAGACUUAGCUAUUUGAGAAAACUUCUUUGUGGCUUCCAAAUAGAGCACAACCCAGUAGCAUUAAAAAAUGA